UGGACAACUCAGUAGUGGCCUGUCCUUUCCUGGUCCAGUCUGACUGGUGCGAGAUGGACUAAAGCCACAAAUCGUCUGGUUCUUGGUCUGGGAGUUGGAAAGAGGAUUGGGAUGGUCUCACGUGCACAUCCCUAGAGUAAUUGCAGAGAUGAGUUCAGACGAGAAGGGCAUAUCACCUGCUCAUAAAACAUCCACUCCGACCCAUAGAAGUGCCUCCUCAUCAACAUCCUCUCAGAGGGAAAGCAGGCAGAGUAUUCACAUUUUGGAGAGAACUGCUUCAUCGGGCACAGAGCCCUCUGUCAGUCGGCAAUUGCUAGAGCCGGAACCCAUCCCCCUGUCCAAGGAAGCUGACAGCUGGGAAAUUAUAGAAGGGCUGAAAAUAGGCCAAACCAAUGUCCAGAAACCAGACAGGCACGAAGGGUUUAUGCUGAAGAAAAGGAAAUGGCCUUUAAAGGGCUGGCACAAGCGCUUUUUUGUCCUGGAUAAUGGAAUGUUAAAGUAUUCAAAGGCACCACUUGAUAUUCAAAAGGGCAAGGUCCACGGGAGCAUAGAUGUGGGGCUGUCUGUCAUGUCGAUUAAAAAGAAAGCUCGGCGGAUAGACCUUGACACGGAGGAGCACAUCUAUCAUUUGAAGGUGAAAUCCCAGGACUGGUUUGACGCUUGGGUCUCCAAACUGCGCCAUCACCGCUUGUACCGUCAGAAUGAAAUUGUGCGAUCGCCAAGGGAUGCGAGUUUUCAUAUAUUCCCUGCCACUUCAACAGCCGAGUCCUCCCCAGCUGCUAAUGUUUCUGUUGUGGAUGGAAAGAUGCAGCCCAACAGUUUUCCAUGGCAGUCCCCUUUACCAUGCAGUAACAGCCUCCCUGCAACCUGCACAACGGGCCAGAGUAAAGUGGCAGCCUGGCUGCAGGACUCGGAAGAAAUGGACAGGUGUGCGGAAGAUCUUGCACACUGUCAGUCAAACCUUGUGGAACUUAGCAAGCUCCUGCAAAACCUGGAGAUACUUCAGAGGACUCAGUCAGCACCCAACUUCACUGACAUGCAGGCUAACUGUGUAGAUAUUUCAAAGAAAGACAAGCGGGUCACAAGACGCUGGAGAACAAAAAGUGUCAGCAAAGAUACAAAAAUACAACUGCAGGAAGGGCCACCUGCGAAGAGCCAGUUCAACACAACUCGGCGCCGGCAGAGGCUAGCAGCAGCAGUGGCUACAACAGUUCCACUCAGUGCCACCAUGUCACCAGUGCGUCUGCACUCCUCCAACCCCAACCUUUGUGCAGAUAUUGAGUUUCAGACCCCUCCUAGCCACCUCACCGACCCUCUGGAAAGUUCCACAGAUUAUACAAAACUACAAGAAGAAUUUUGUCUGAUCGCACAGAAAGUGCAUUCUCUUUUGAAGUCUGCAUUUAACAGCAUAGCGAUAGAGAAAGAGAAACUGAAGCAGAUGGUUUCUGAGCAAGACCACAACAAAGGCCAUAGCACACAGAUGGCCAGGCUCCGACAGUCACUGUCACAGAGUGAAGGAGCCAACAAAUCCUGGGCACUCAACCAGAAUGCUGAGCUCAGGAGUCGGCUGAACAGAAUACACUCAGAGUCUAUCAUUUGUGAUCAGGUUGUCAGUGUAAAUAUUAUCCCUAGCCCUGACGAGGCUGGUGAGCAAAUCCAUGUCAACCUCCCUCUGUCACAGCAGGUGGCCAAUGAGAGCCGCCUCUCCAUGUCAGAAUCUGUGUCAGAGUUUUUCGAUGCCCAAGAGGUGCUCCUGUCUGCAAGCUCAUCAGAGAAUGAGGCCUCCGAUGAUGAGUCCUACAUCAGCGACGUGAGUGAUAACAUAUCUGAAGACAACACCAGUGUGGCGGACAAUAUUUCUCGGCAAAUCCUGAAUGGGGAGCUCACAGGAGGUGCCUUCAGGAAUGGCCGCCGCACGUGCCUGCCUGCUCCUUGCCCUGACACCAGUAACAUUAACCUGUGGAAUAUCUUGAGGAACAACAUUGGCAAAGAUCUGUCGAAGGUCUCCAUGCCUGUGGAGCUGAACGAGCCGCUCAACACCCUGCAGCACCUCUGUGAAGAAAUGGAGUACAGCGAGCUCCUGGACAAGGCCUCAGAGACUGACGACCCCUACGAGAGGAUGGUUCUCGUUGCUGCAUUUGCAGUCUCAGGGUAUUGUUCCACCUACUUCAGAGCAGGAAGUAAACCAUUCAACCCCGUCCUGGGGGAGACAUAUGAAUGCAUACGAGAAGAUAAGGGGUUCCGGUUCUUCUCAGAACAAGUUAGCCAUCAUCCACCCAUUUCUGCCUGUCACUGUGAAUCGAAGAACUUUGUGUUCUGGCAAGAUAUCAGAUGGAAAAAUAAAUUCUGGGGGAAGUCGAUGGAAAUCCUACCUGUCGGAACCCUGAAUGUUAUGCUUCCAAAGUAUGGAGAUUACUAUGUGUGGAAUAAAGUCACCACAUGCAUCCACAAUAUCCUCAGUGGGAGAAGAUGGAUCGAGCAUUAUGGUGAAGUGACCAUUAGAAAUACCAAAAGCAGCGCUUGCAUUUGCAAACUCACAUUUGUCAAGGUGAAUUACUGGAACUCGAAUGUGAAUGAAGUCCAGGGGGUGGUGAUAGACCAGGAGGGGAAAGUGGUACACCGGCUCUUUGGGAAGUGGCAUGAAGGGCUCUACUGCGGGGUUGCUCCCUCUGCAAAGUGCAUUUGGAGACCAGGUUCUCUGCCAACCAACUAUGAGCUCUACUAUGGCUUCACGAGGUUUGCUGUGGAGCUCAACGAGUUGGAUCCUGUCAUGAAGGACCUUCUUCCUCCCACAGAUGCUCGAUUCCGGCCAGAUCAAAGAUUUUUGGAAGAAGGAAACUUAGAAGCUGCAGCAGCAGAGAAACAAAGAGUUGAGGAACUCCAGAGAUCUCGUAGACGAUACAUGGAGGAAAACAACCUUGAACAUAUACCAAAAUUUUUUAAAAAAGUUAUUGAUGCAAAUCAAAGAGAAGCCUGGGUUUCUAAUGACACCUACUGGGAGCUUCGGAAGGACCCUGGGUUUAGCAAAGUAGACAGCCCUGUUCUUUGGUAAACUGGAGAAAUAGAGCUAGCCAACACACCACACUCCGAAUGAAUAAAUAACUAUGCACAAUUAUGUUUCUUAUAGCUACGCGUGGUUUCUGGGUCGACUGAAAACCUCCCAUUUGCUUUUCUAUUCAUCUUUAUAAUGGAUUUUCAAAAGUGCAUUAGACAAGGCUCCUAACCACUUUUGGAUCCUUUCUGUUUUGCUGCAACCAUAUUCCUUAAAAAUAAAAUACAAUAAUAAAUAAAUAAAUAAAUGAAAUGAAAUGAAAUCCAUGCCCUCCUCGGAAAGCAGACCGAAAGAAGGGAGUAUAUGGUCCACAGGCAGAAGAAUUGAUCAGGAAGAUCAAACUGUAACCAACCGGUGCUUCAAGCAGAUCAGGAGGGCAUAAAAUGACAUACAAACUACGUGUUUGGUCUGCUGUUUAAAAGCCUCAUCCCCUACCUUAGGAGCUCCUGGGCUGUAGUGGUCGGUUAGUUCAGACUUGAAGUGUGUUUUUUGAUGUGGUGUGCUUGUACCAGCCUCGUCAAAAUAGACAUGAUGCUUCCGGAAACUCAUUCCAUCUUUACAACAUUGUUCAUGCCUUAAGAAUUGCAAAGAUGUACAAUAAAGCAUUUUUUUUAAUGUGUGCUCAUAGAUAUAUGUGAAGGACAGACCAUCAGAAUCCUGACAUGGAUUCACUUUCUCAGUCAGAACAUUGAUUCAGCUGAUGUAAGAGGCUUAAAUAAGGAAAAACAUAUUUUCCUUUGCUAAGUGAGUUACGGUGUGGUGAAUCUGAAGGGCGAGAGGGCUAAGGGACGGUACUCUAAGUAGAUCUCUGCAUCCAGGUUGCUCUUUAAGUUCCUGUUCAGUGUCCAGAUAAUAAACCAUCCCUCCUCCAUCUGACCUGACAGUGUGCCCCGGUACUUGGCAAUGCUGUAUUUGAUUGGGCCGCCUGUCAUCAGUUUUAAAACUUCAUUAGGAAGUAACAAACGUUUGGAGUUUCUGCCUGGGCUGGGUGGUACCAUAGAAUACUGUUUUGGAGUGGCGUACAAGGCCAUACCACACAUCCCUGACUCAUGCCCACUCCUUGCCACUGUUCAGAUUCCACAAAGAACAAAAGCUUAUUUGCAUUAUGUAAAUGGAUCCUAUGCAAAUCAUCUUCCUUUUUUAAAGUCAAGAAAUUCCAUAUGAUACAUGGCUACAUAUUAAUCAUCCAUCUUGCUAAGGGCAGAAAUAAAAAACUUAGGCCAAAAAAUGUAUCCAUUCCAAAGGUGGGGGUGGGCAAGAUUCGUUUUGAAUUCUUCAGGUUUUGUUUUUCCUCCACAGGUACAUAGAAGUUUUUGUAGGAAGCUUGCGUUGCCAUUCUUAAGUUCCUGCACGUACAUGACUAUAUAUAAAUACCUGUAUGUUUAAAAAAAUAAAUCUCCUUAGGGGGCUCUCUAGUGAAUUAGAAAAUUACAUAUAUUUUAUUGUCAGAGUUUUAUUCUUAAAGUCUCACCAUCUGAAUCCAAGUGUUAUUUUAGACUCUGCUAACAAUGUUAUUGACAUUUUAUAUUUUGUUCAGAGGCAUCGAUUUUGGUGUGAUUUCUCCUCAGCAAAGCAUUCCUAGUAAUGGCUAAUUCACCAUAAAACCCAAAGCUGCUGAGAACAUGGAGGAAAACUCAGAAUUACCACUCUAUGGAGCAGUAUUUUAGUUACGGUAAAAUUCAUCUAAGUCCUUGCAUCAGGUACACAGCUGGCACUCAUUAGAAUGGACAUUCGCUCCCCAGUAAGUUCCCUAAGUCACAGGCAGAGCUAAGCUUUGCCUUACACAGCCCUCUCCUUGCACUCACUCCUGUUUGACAUCUUAGCUGGUUUGCCUUGCAAUUGUAAAAUCUGCCACUUGUCAGGGACUACUUUUUUCUUCAUCUAACCUGAUGUCCUUUUAUCUUUGCACCUUCAGCUACGUCUAAUUUCAAUUUGAAUUAGAACUUAAUUAGAGCCCUAUUGACUUCCUCUCAGAAAUUGAUUCUCCUCCCUUGGUAAAGCUUUCAGUACAAUUUAAAAUGGGUCUCACCUGUACUUAGUACUAUUUUCCUAAACUGCCUCACAAUGGCCUAAGAAAAGAAUCCUUCAGGAGAAAAGUACAAUGAGGAGGGAUUGGGAAGGUGAGAUGAUCAAAAGAUAAUAGGGACUGUCAUUUUAACAAAUGGCAGAAGACCCAUCAGGGAAGAAACUAAUGUGCCCAGGGUUUGGGUUAUCUGAGAAGAAAGGAGAAACAAUGGAAUAGGCCUUAACUAGAUAAAUAAAUAAGUUUAGAUGGCAAAUAUGAACAGUAAAUGAUGGUCAGGUCUACCCUGAAACUUUCAUUUGGAUUUCAAGAUGAAAAUGAGAAAAUCAUCAUAUUAAUUACAGUCACAUGUUGUGGUUGUGGUACCCACCAUUUUGAAUCUGUUAUGAGAUGCAGAUUCCCUAAUUAUGACCAUCAAGUAAGCAGUUAGGCAUCAGACUCUCCUGUAACACCCGAUUAGCUCACCUCGCAGCUGAACCCUCCCUUGCGUUGGUGGAAGGGGCCCACCCCUCCUUGUCUUCACACAGUGGUUACAAAGUAAUAAUACUGUUGGAAUUUCAUUCACAUAACAUUCCUGCGAUUGAAGCUAAAUAGCAAAAAAGGUAGAAUAUUUGCUUGUUCCAAUGAUAAAAACACAAUGUAUUCCUUGAAAUUUUACAUGAACCUUUAUAUUUGUGAGGAGGGUAUUAGUUUGCUUUUCCUUACAAAGAUCUAGGAAGGCUUGGUAUAUCUGUGUUCUUCUCCCAUACUUUACUUCCAAGCUCCCUCCCCUCUGGUGAGAUGGUCUUUAGGGAAAGCAUUAGUGACAGGAGUGCUGAGGGCCUGGGCCAGACUGGACUGAUCUAUGGUACCCACCAGCAUUUUCAGAGGCUCACCGAAAACCAAUCAUUUUGAUGCUCAGUGCUGCUAACCAAGGUGCAAAUUUACUCUUCAGUGUUGCUGAUAUUUUGUUAUUUUUGAUUGCCAUUAUUUUUCAUGGAUUACUUUAAAAUACUGUCCACAAAGUCUCCAGGUAGUUGUGAAAAAUAAACUUCAUUUCAGAUAUCUUUCAGUGGUACAUGUCUGUUGUAUGCAAGAGCAGGGACCAAAUGUCAUUUUCUGACUGAGGGAAACCCAAGGGAUUUUGGGUACAAAGGAUGCUGAAUUGUCCAUUUCCCAAACCUUUUGUGCUCUGGCCUUGUGUUUUUCUGCAUGACCACUUACCAUCCCUUAGAUCCUGUCCCAAGGAGCUUGGAGAGGGAGGGAAGUUCUAUGGAAGAAAACCCAACUAACCUGUUUUGCUUAAUACUAAAGAACAUUUUUGUUACUGUCUUGUGGGUUUAAUUAUCCAUCUUGUCUAACACUGUUCUCUGUCAUCGUAGAUAAUGAAGCAUUUGUGGUAGCAGAGCUCCACAUACCAGGGCGUGUAACAGAUGUUUACACUUGGCUCAGUAUGUAAUGAAUGUGGCACAGUAAAUAAAGUUUGUGUACAAAAUAUUAGUUUAUUUCUAUGAGAGCAGUUAUGCCCAGGAUAUAUGAAAUGUAUCUAAUUAAACCAUUAUGAAUCUA